UGUAUUUUACAGGUUAGUCAAUAUGUAGCAGAAGGUCUUGAACGGGCUAGAGACGGACUGACUGAAGCAGCUAAUUUGAGGGAAAGAUUUGUGCUGGGUACAAGUGUCAGCCGUAGGGCGGAGGCCGCGGCUGCAGCUGGUGAAAGCAGUUUUAGAUCUUUCAUGGUUGCUGUACAACGUUCGGGAAGCAUUGUUGCUAUUAUUCAACAAUACUUCACCAAUUCUAUAUCUAGACUUUUGCUUCCUGUGGAUGGUGCACAUGCUGCUGCUUGUGAAGAAAUGGCUACAGCAAUGUCCAGUGCAGAGGCUGCUGCUUACAAAGGAUUACAACAGUGUAUUGAAACUGUCAUGGCCGAGGUAGAGCGACUGCUUUCAGCUGAGCAAAAGGCUACAGAUUAUAAGUCACCUGAUGAUGGAAUGGCUCCUGACCACCGGCCAACUACUGCCUGCACAAGGGUUGUGGCUUAUCUCUCUCGGGUACUGGAGUCUGCAUUCACUGCUUUAGAAGGUCUUAACAAACAAGCAUUUUUGUCUGAACUGGCGGCCAAUCAUGCCAAUGCAUCUUCGUCUCGUAGCAAGGGUUCUUCCUCAUUCGAUGACAGGCUUUCGUUCAAGUUGGCUCCUCAACCGAACUCACAGCCCAGAGAACAUACAGAGUACAAAGAGAAGACAUUUUCUAGGCCAGAGAGAAUCCGAUCAAGUUCUUUCUCAACGGAUUCAGUAUCACCGGACGUCGUGAAGUCGGUUUGCAUGAUAUGUGAGAAGCCACUGAGACAGAAAUUUAAUUUUAUGGGGAAUUCACUAUCUUGCAAUGAACUUGCAGUUGUAGCAGUUUUAGUAUGUGGUCAUGUUUAUCAUGCGGAUUGUCUUGAGCAAAGAACUAGCCUCGAAGAACUACGCGAUCCGUCAUGUCCUAUAUGUACAGGUUUACUCUUGCAGGAUCAUGAAUGUAAAGAACAAGAAUAG